GCUGUGGGGACUCGCAGUACACUGGGAAGUUUCGCUCGUGUCUCUCUGCAUGUGCAUCACUUUACUCAACCAGAUCACUCUCAUACCACUCCACUCACAAUUCCUCAAAUCCUUUUCCGUUAAAUCUGUUUCUUUCCCGGGAAAAUUCUCUCUCUCUCUCUCUCUCUCCAAAACCCUAGGGAACUGAAAAUGGCAAACACCCUAGAGCUCCGACCACUGGGCAGCACGGGACUGAAGCUCAGCUCCGUCGGAUUCGGCGCCUCCCCCCUCGGCAACGUCUUCGGCGCAGUUUCCGACGAGGACGCCGUGGGCUCAGUCCGCCGCGCCUUUCUCCUCGGCGUCAACUUCUUCGACACCUCCCCGUAUUAUGGAGGGACAUUGUCGGAGAAAGUGUUGGGAAAAGCUUUGAAAGCUUUGGGGGUGCCGAGAAACGAGUACAUUGUGUCGACCAAGUGCGGGAGGUAUGUUGAUGGCUUUGAUUUCAGUGCGGAGAGAGUGACUAGAAGCAUUGAUGAGAGCUUGGAGAGGUUGCAGCUUGACUAUGUUGAUAUUUUGCAAUGCCAUGAUAUCGAAUUUGGGUCCCUUGAUCAGAUUGUCAAUGAGACUAUUCCUGCUCUUCAAAAACUCAAGGAAGCGGGAAAGAUCCGCUUCAUUGGUAUUACAGGACUUCCUCUGGGAGUUUUCACUUAUGUUCUUGAUCGGGUGCCACCAGGCACAGUUGAUGUGAUUCUGUCAUAUUGCCACUACGGUAUUAAUGAUUCAACUCUGGAGGAUCUACUGCCUUACUUAAAGAGCAAGGGUGUGGGAGUGAUCAGUGCUUCUCCACUUGCAAUGGGGCUUCUUACGGAGAGCGGACCUCCAGAGUGGCACCCAGCUUCACCUGAACUGAAGGCUGCAUGCCAAGCUGCUGCUGCCUUUUGUAUAGAGAAGGGGAAAAAUAUAUCGAAGUUAGCCAUGCAGUACAGCUUGUCGAAUAAAGAUAUUUCCUCUAUACUUGUUGGAAUGAAUUCUGUUAGGCAGGUUGAAGAGAAUGUGGCUGCUGCUAAAGAACUCGGAAUAUUCGGGAAGGACGAGAAAAGUUUGUCGGAGAUUGAAGAGAUCUUGAAACCGGUGAAGAAUCAGACAUGGCCUAGCGGAAUCCCACAAAGUUGAGGCCGCUUUGGGCAGGGGCCAUUCAACCCUUUCAGUGUCAUUUUUAUGCUUGGAAUUUCACUUCCAUGGCCCUUUUGUUCUAAAUUCAUCCAAACUAAAGUGUCAAUGUUGUUUUUGCUUGGAAGUAUUAUAUUUGAUCGAAAAGUGUCGCUUGCUAACGGCACAGACCCUUGUAAUUUAACCAUUAUGGCGGUAAAAUAAAACAGCUAUGCCCCUUGUAAUUUAA